AUGAGGUGCGGGGGCGGCGGGGGCGGCGGGGGCGGGGGCAUGGUAUCGAGGUUCACGUGGCUGGAGUCCGUCAACUCCACCAUGGACGAAGUCAAAACCCUCAUCGUCAAUCAAGAGGGAAGCGACGCGAAACGCGUGUUUGCUGUGGCAGCGAGAGAACAGCUUCGCGGGAGAGGGACGAAGGGUCGGGCUUGGAUAGGCCUCCCUGGAAACGUUUUUCUCACUGUGGCCAUUCCGCUAGACAGGGUCCCCGUACCGCUGAGCCUUAUUCCUCUUAGGGUCGGCACACUAAUAGCGCCAGAGAUACAACGGCGACUUCCAAGGCAUCGCCAAGAAGAGCGGCCCCCGCUUUCUCCGCCUCCAUCUCCGUCCGCGUCUCCCCGAGAAGCGAGGACGGCGGAGGCAGCGGAACCCGAACCGGAACCGAAACCGGAACCGGAACCGAAACCGGAACCGGAACCGCCUCGGGUGUCGCUCAAGUGGCCGAACGACGUCCUUCUCGGCGGCUCCAAGGUCGCCGGAGUGCUGAUCGAGGCGGAGCUACCCUUUCUGCUCGUCGGAAUCGGCGUGAACGUCAGAAACAAGCCGGAGGUGCCCCAGAAUGGUCCCGACCGUGGCAGGCCCGCUGCUUGCCUUGCCGACUUCGGGGCGGACAGCACCGAUGAGGCGGUGAGAGAGCUGUCCGCGGCGCUGACCGAAAAGCUAUGCUCCUGGGCCUCCGGGACGGAUUCGGCGUCCACCGCCGUGGCCGAGUGGUCCCGGUGGGUGGACUGGUCCCUGCCGCUGGAGAUCAGGGACGAGGGGCGGGCGGUGAGGCCCAUCGGAGUCGCGCCGGACGGGCGGCUACGGGUGGUGGACCCGGCAACGGGCGAGGAGGAACUACUCACCACGGAGUACCUCCUUUAG